UAUAAGCCCCCUUCUCCAAAUUCUAGGGUAUAAAAGGCCCCAAAUCCUCUCCCUCUCUCCCGACUCCCUCUUCAGUUCUUCUUUCUAACUUUCUCACACAGCUCUCAGUUACUCUCUCUUGUGCGCCUCGUCUUCAAUCGAAAAGGCUUUGAGAUUAUGGCGACGUUCGAGCUGUAUCGGAGGUCGACGAUCGGGAUGUGCUUGACGGAGACGCUUGAUGAGAUGGUCUCUAACGGCAUCCUCAGCCCCGAGCUCGCUAUUCAAGUUCUGGUUCAAUUUGAUAAGUCAAUGACUGAAGCUCUUGAAUCUCAAGUGAAGAGCAAAGUUUCAAUUAAGGGACAUCUCCACACCUAUAGAUUCUGUGACAAUGUUUGGACUUUCAUCUUACAAGAUGCUCAUUUCAAGAGUGAUGAAUGUCAAGAGACUGUCAGCCGUGUUAAGAUAGUGGCAUGUGACUCGAAGCUGCUGACACAGUGAGAAAGCUGCAUACUGGGCCGAUAUUGAGUAAUAUUAGCUGCUGAUGUCACCUAUUUGCCAGAUGGUGCAAAAGACUGGUAAGAGGAGUUGGCGGAAGGGAUAUGGAAGCUCAUUCAUGUAGUUGUAUUUGUAAGUGAGGGGGAAACUGGAACUCUCAUUGUAUAAAUCCCAGAUCAUUGUAAACUGAGUGUUUCUUGACUACUUGACAUAUACAUAUUGGAUAGUCUUUAAUUCUUUCUUCAUUCUUGAGAAGGUGGUUCGAUUUCAUAGCAUGUUUCUGUGUUUUUGUUCAAUAGAAAACCAGCGUGCUUGUUGUUGUGAGGUCUA